AUUAACUCAGGCAUAGAACUAGCUAGUAUUCUGUCGUUUUCAAUAUUUGAAAGAGAACAGAUAACUUUAUCAAAUCAUAUAAAAAUCAAUUAUAACUAAGUCAUGGUCACUUUUAAAUGAUGAUUUUCCAGAAAACUGCUCAUAAAAGCUUCCUCGUCACAUGUUGACUUUCAAAAUAUUCAUUUGAUAGAGAAAAUCAAUGUCAACCUCUCUAGAUAGUUCCAUUGCAGCAGGUUAUGUGUAUUCUUCUAAGACCUUUGAAAUCAACUGAUUGACUACUACUCAUUCUGAAGUGAGCCGAUACAGUAGAAGAUUUUGACCUUGUUAGAACGAGUGUUAGUGUUUGUUUUUUAGAGCAACAUGAGUAAACUAGACCAAAACCUCAAAAGCCUUAGUUUUAACUAAGUAUUAUGCUGGAACAAUAUAUUUUCAUAAUAUGGAUUUGAUUAAUUUAUCUUGCUAUAGAAACUAAAGCAAAUAUUAUCACUCGUUCCAACAUGAUCAAAACCUUCUAUUAUAUCAGCUCAUUUGAAACUGAUUAGUGAUCAGUUAGUCGAUUUCAAAAGUCUCAGAAGAGUACAUAUAAUAGUUCACAUUGGAAUCAUCUGGAAAAUUCACCUUGAUUUUCUCUAUCAAAUGACAAUCUUAAAAAUCGACAUGUAAUUGAAAAAUUUUUAUCAUAAUUGUUUCGAAAAUAGUCACUGAAAAUUGAUGACUAUUUGACUGUUUGAUUUCUACAUGAUUUGAUAACUUUAUUAGUACUCUUUCAAAUAUUGAAAACGGCAAAGAGUUAACUAUUUCUAUGCUUAAGUUAAUCGCGAUACAAUCACAUGUUACGGGAUGAAGUAAUAAAUAACCCAAUAAUAAUUUCACUCACAAAAACCUACUUAAGUAUUUUAAAUAAUAUAACUGAUAGUCAUAAAAGAAAAUCUUUACAUAUUUCUUUGCUGCAUGUUUUUAUUGUCAUGAUAAAUAAGACUGACAAUCUUUGUUGAAAUGUUUUAUAUUAUUCUAUAUGUUAUACGGUCUAAUGUUUUAUUUUCUUAAAUAAAAAUAAUAAACAGUUUGACAUUAAACUGAAUAGUUUAGAAAUAACAGUUAAUCAGAUAAUAAUCUAUAUUCAAGAAGAAAAUAAUGUCGAAUAGUACUUAUUGUUGUUUUAUACAGAUUAUUUUGAUGAUGAUAUAAGUUUGUCUUUGCUAGUAAUUUUUGGAAUUGCAUACCAUUCGUCAACAGACAUUUUGUCGACAACCACUUCGUCGGCAGGCACUUUGUUGAAAGCCAUUUCAUCGACAGUAUACUUUGUCGAAUUCAUUUCGUCGACGCCUUUUCGUUGAAAAGUUUUUUGUCGACAUGUUUCGUCGACAACUUUUCUAGUCGAUCCUGUAUUUCUUCUCUCCCUUACGAAAUACUUUAUCCUUACAAGCUAACAACUUAGGAAACAAUUUUACCUUCCCUCAUAAAACCAAAAGUUUUCCUCGCAUGAAUGUUGGUGCAAAGCACCUCAUGGAGUUCUAGAGAUCUACCUGGAACCCUAGAAGAAUUAUCUAGGAUGCUAGGGAUCACCUGAGAUCCCAUGGGAUUAGCUAGGAUAAAAUAGACAAUAUCUUUAAUAAUAAAUGAUCCGCAGCUAUGCUGCUGGUAACCCCGCUGACGCUGUUGGAGUCUCAGAUUAUGGCUAUAACGUUCCAGGUGGUCUAUAGCAUCGCAGAUGAUCCCUAGCAUUUCAGCUAAUGCUUCUAGCAUAGCUUGUGGAGCUACCAGUAUUUUGGUCUCAAGAAAGAACAACAAAGGGCUCCGAACACCUCCGUUUCACUACGGAAUUUCCUCUAAACAGCUCUUGAUGCGAGCUGAGUCGUUAGAACAGUUUAGAUCAGCUCGUUUUUCGUAACAGAUCAUCAGUUUAGAGCUUUCUCAGAACUGUCGUACCUCUAUUCUACAUUCAUGUUCACACCUAAACCUACAUGCAUACUCACACCUGUACCAACACUCACAUCCUUCUUACUUUAUAUUGUGUCUGCUUGGUUCAAUAAAAAUAGUAGACUGGUUCUUCUUAACAUUAGUACUUCUUCACGAGUGUACGUUGACGAAAUCUCUGUCGACAAAAUUAUUUCGACGAAAAAAUGUCGACGAAUGAUAUGAUUAGCUAAUUUUGGUACUAAGUAUGAUCAUAAAAAAGUUUCAAGAUAUUAUUAUCAAAAAUAAACAAUGUUGUUGACUUUUGAGUUUGAUCAAUAAAACAUUCUCUUGUUCCUAUUCUUGAACAAGUCUGUAAAAUUCAGCUUUCACACUCUUUCUAGAUUAAAAGACAAAACAACACUAAUCUAAAAACUUCUAUUAUCGCAACAUCAAAAUGUCAUUUGUCUAUGUAUGCACAGAGACAAAAAAAGAAAAGCUGAUACACAUUUAAUGUCGAUAUAUUUGCCAUUAUCUUUACCUUUAUUUUAUUUUAAAGUAGCAUUUCAAUACAGUAGAAGCAACGACGAAUAUACGUUUUAUAUUAUUAUUAUUAUUAUUAUUAUUAUUAUUAUUAUUAUUAUUUAGAUGCAUGAAGUAUACAACUGACUGAUAAAGAACGAAUCAAGUUUUGAUUUUACUUCAUUAUUAUUAUUAUCAUCAUUUUAAGAACAACUUAGAAACAUGGUGCAUGCAAAAGGUCUCUUCUCUAACAGGUACGCAAAUAUGGAAUGCAACAAUAAAAUAAGAAGAAAGAAAUAUGGUUCACAAUGUUUGAAAUCAUUGAGGAUAUUUAUUCAUUUCUGCUUGUUACCUAAUAUUUUCCAGUUCAAAGAAUAUGUGUCUGUAUAAACAAACGUAGUUUGAUUGUAUAGUAUAGGAAGUUAUAGAAAGCCUAUUAAUGAAUGUUUUUUCUCGACAGAAUGAAAAGAAAAUCAUAUUAUUGACAUUUAAAAAAAAUGUCUGUGCAAUUUGCAUGCUAAGUCUUCUUUCUUUUUUUAAACAUUUUGUUACACUGAAUGACUUUUCAAAAAUUGUAAAACUAAAUGAAAUCAAGAAAAAUCAUAUAGGAAGAUAAGCAAAAUAACAAAAACCUUCAUUUGAUCUUUAUCUUUGCUUAUUGUUGUUUUGUUGUCUCUCAAUAUGUUUUGGAGAUUAUAACCAGGUUAUUUGGUUUUUUGCAUGUACCGUAAAACUACAAUCACAUCUACUGAUAGCUGGCACUCUAUGUACUUCUUAUAUUGAGUAUUGAUUAAUCAUUUCUAAUGUCUGACAGGAUAAAACGUAGACAUCUAUUACCUCGACAAAAAAAUGUGCAUAUAAACGUGUUUUGAAAACAAAAAGACUAAUACCCAGUGGCGUAACCAGGAGAGCUAGAGGGCACAGUUCCCUCCCUAGCGAUAUUGUUGAUACGUGUCUUUUAUUCGUCAGGACGGGCUCAGCCUCCUUUCUUGGUCUUUGAGCCCUCCUCCCCAACCCCAAAUGGAUAAAAUACAUGUAUCAAACAUUUUCUUAGAUGAGCCUCAACCUCUCCUAGGCCAAAAUUCUGGCUAUGCCACUGUUAAUACCAUUUGUUCGCCUCAAUUCUUUGAGUAUAGAAAAGAAAAAAAAAUACGAACUAAAUAAUACUUCCAUGAAUAUCAGAUUACAUAGAUCAUAGAUAAUCUUUAAAAGUUUAUCGAAAUUUGCUUAUCAAUUAUGUAUAUUUCAAAAAAAACACAAUAUAAAUCUGUUCUUUUAUUUGCAUUUACUCAUUAUGCUGCUUACUGUGCUACAAAUUCUGUACGACAUUGAACUUUAUGUUAACUAUCUAAUUUGUGUUAAAUGUUGAAUUUAUAGAACUCUAUUUCAAUAAUACCUGUUUCUUUGAAAGUAUUUAUUUUGUGAAACACGAUCUACCAAAAGUAUUCAAGUAUACAAGUACAAAUUUGGCCUUACUCCUUCCUUUCUCAACAGAUCGUGUCAGAUCUUGUUAAUGAACGAUCAAAGAACCUAUAUCAAUAACAACUUAUUACUACUUCUCUACUGCAUUUCUAAAGGAUUAACCAGAAGGAUGGUGAAAAACUGCGUCCAAAAUUACAUACAAUAAAGCAAUCUUUCUGUGAUUAGUAGCAGCAGCUCUAUUGUGUUUCAUCUUUUAGUCUCACAGAGAUUGUCCUAAUAGCUUUUAUCACUCUUUUAAAAAUUAAUUAUCUUUCGAAAACAAAGGUAGAUUAUAGUGUUUUUAUUUCUUUUGUCAUUUACAAUAAAAUGUUUUGUUGAUUUGUUUUUCUAUUUACAUUUAGGCGACAAACAUUUAUCUUUAUUCUUACUGCUGUUUCUGUUCUUGCUGUCAGCGGUGUUAUUAUUGGUCUUGUUUUGGGCUUAAGAAGACCUUCUCGAAAUGCUGAAGAAGAAGUAUGUGGUGCUGGUCAUGAAACAUAUACUAUAAAUGGUUCAUCGAUCUUGGGAAAAUAUUCUCGAGCAGCUGUAGCUGCUGAUAAUGGUGAAUGUUCAACAGUUGGACGUAUUAUCUUAGAAAACAAUGGCACAACAAUGGAUGCUGCUUUAGCAGCAGCUAUUUGUAAUGGUGUUAUGAAUGCACAAUCCAUGGGUAUUGGAGGUGGAUGUGUCAUAACAGUUUAUUCAAAAAAAAGAAAUAAAGCAUAUAGUAUUAUUGGAAGAGAAAAAGCACCAUUAGCUGCUAAUUCAACCAUGUUUAUUGGUCGUGAAAAUAUGUCUGUAACUGGAGGAUUAGCUAUUGGAGUACCUGGUGAACUAAGAACUUACAAAAAAGCUUAUGAAGAGUUUGGUGGAGGUGUAUCAUGGAAAGAACUUUUUCAGCCAACAAUUCGAUUAUGUCGAGAAGGUUUUCGUCUUAGUGAAUCACAAGCUCAAGCUGUUAAACAAAGAGCAGAUGUCAUACGUAAUGACUCGACAAUGAGAGAGCUUUAUGUAAAAAAUCCAUAUACAAAUGAAUUAUAUGGUGCUGGUGAUAUUAUGAAAAGACCAAAACUUGCUCGUACACUUGAAAUAAUAGCUGAACAAGGUGCUGAUACUUUUUAUACAGGUGAAUUAGCUGAUAAAGUUGUUAAAGAAAUUCAAGAUCGAGGUGGAAUCAUAACAAAACAAGAUCUGGCUGAUUUUGAUGUUGAUUUUCAAGAAGCACUAAGUGUUGAUCUUAAUAGUUCAAUAACUGCAUAUACAACACAUGCACCUACAAGUGGACCAAUUCUUACUUUUAUUUUAAAUAUUCUUCAAGGUUAUAAUGUAAAUGAAAAUGAUUUACAAAGACCAACAACAUCUUCUUUAUUUUAUCAUCGUCUAAUUGAAGCAUUUAAAUUUGCUUAUGCAAAAAGAAGUGAACUUGGUGAUCCAUCAAAAAUAAAUAUUACUGAACUGAUACAUAAUUUAACUUCAAAAGAAUAUGCAAAUGAAAUACGAUCACGAAUCAAUGAUGAUAAAACAUUUGGUUUUGAAUAUUAUGGUGGAACAUGGCUAGAUAAAAUAAAAACAGGAACAGCUCAUUUAUCAGUUGUUGGACUUGAUGGUGAUGCUGUUGCAUUAACAUCAACUAUUAAUCUUUAUUUUGGCUCAGAAGUUCUUGGUCCUGAAACAGAUAUAUUUUAUAAUGAUGAAAUGGAUGAUUUCUCGACUCCUAAUACAAUAAAUUCAUUUGGUGUGCCAGCAAGUCCAGCUAAUUAUAUAGCACCAGGAAAACGACCUGUUUCAUCAAUGGCACCUUUAAUUAUAAUAGACAAACGUAAUCAACGUAUACAACAAGUUCUAGGUGCUAGUGGUGGUACAAAAAUAACAACAGCUAUAGCUCAAGUAUCUAUGCUUAAUUUAUGGUAUAAUGAUGAUAUUAAAAAAGCAAUUGAUUCUCGACGUCUUCAUUCACAAUUAUUACCACAAGAUGUUGUUGUUGAAAGCGGUUUCGAUUAUGAUAUACUAAAGCGAUUGAAAGAUCGUGGUCAUAAUAUAACAUGUGAUGCUUUUGGUGGCUCUAUUAUACAAGGUAUUGAAUGGCGUGAUGAGGUGAAUCAAUACUGGGCUAACUGUGAUAUACGUAAAGGAGGUGCACCCGAUGGAAUAUCUUAA